UGUAGUUUGGCGGUUGUGGUUUGGCGGUUGUGGUUUGGUGGUUGUGGUUUGGUGGUUGUGUUUUGGUGGUUGUGUUUUGGUGGUUGUGGCUUGGUGGUUGUGGUUUGUCGGUUGUGGCUUGGUGGGACCCAGGUAGUCUGGAACCCAGGGAACCUGGGACCCAGGGAGCCUGGGAACAAGGUACCUGGGACUCAAGGAUCAUGUGACCCAGGGGCCUGGGACCCCCACUCACCGGGAGUUGACCCUCUCCAGGUGAUGCUAUGGCAGGAGAAAGUCCAUGGGGAGACAGCGAUUUGAGUGCAUUCUGGGACUACACUCCUCUGCACGAGGCUGCCCUGCACGGACACCUCCUCAACCUCACCCACCUCCUCGCACAGGGGGCGAGCGUGAACGCGCGCACGCGUGGCGGGAUGGAGCCGCUGCACGCCGCGUGUCUGGGGGGCCACGCUCGCUGCGUGGAGGCGCUGCUCAAAGGGGGGGCCCGGGUGGACGUGGUGGACGUGGAGGGCGCCACGCCGCUGCUGUGCGCCGCGCGCGCCGGGAGCCCCCCCUGCGUGGAGCUGCUGCUGGGGGGGGGGGGCCUCCCCCAGGGCCCCCCACCCCGCCUCACUCUCACCCCUGCAUGUCGCCGCUCAGCUCGGCCACGAGGGCUGCGUGUCGCUGCUGCUGGGCGCCGGCGCGGAAGUGAACUCGAGCGAGGGGGGGCACGGCCCCCCACUACUCCUGGCGUGUGACGCCGGCAGGCUCGGCUGUGCCAGGCAGCUCCUGCAGGCCGGCGCGAACCCGGACGCGGGAGACGGAGCGCGCACCCCGCUCCACUCCGCCGCCUCCCGCUCCGCUCCGACACCGCCGCCUGCGGCCCCCCC